CCUCCCCUCCCCUCCCCCGCUGUCCGCGGCCACCGGUUGCCGGCGAUCCCGCUCCGGGGUCCCCGCUCAGGACCGGAGCGCGCGCGACGACGACGAGUGGGGGACACUCGCAGGCCUGAGCCCGGAGGCCUCCCCGUUGCGCCCACCUCCCACAGCCGCGAUUCCCUGGUCCUGGCCCGCGACCCUGAGCCCGGGGACUCUCUGGGGUGGGGGUAGGGUCCCCGGGGACCCGGGCCAGCUCCCGGAGCGACGAUGGAGGAGCAGCAGCGCGCGCGCUCGCACACGGUCACCACCACCGCCAGCUCGUUCGCGGAGAACUUCUCCACCACCAGCAGCAGCUUCGCCUACGACCGGGAGUUCCUCCGCACCGCGCCGGGGCUCCUGAUCGUGGCCGAGAUCGUCCUGGGGCUGCUGGUGUGGACACUCAUCGCUGGCACAGAGUAUUUCCGAGUCCCUGCUUUUGGAUGGGUCAUGUUCGUGGCUGUCUUCUACUGGGUCCUCACCGUCUUCUUCCUCAUUGUCUACAUCACCAUGACCUACACCAGGAUUCCCCAGGUGCCCUGGACCACGGUGGGCCUGUGCUUUAAUGGCAGUGCCUUCGCCCUGUACCUCUCAGCCGCCAUAGUGGAUGCGUCUUCUGUCUCCCCAGAGAAGGACAGUCACAACUUCAACAGCUGGGCAGCCUCCUCGUUCUUUGCCUUCCUGGUGACGAUCUGCUAUGCCGGAAACACGUACUUCAGUUUCAUAGCCUGGAGAUCCAGGACCACACAGUGACGUCAUCUUCUGGUAGCGGAGAAGAACCCACACCAGGACAAUCCCACUGUAAAAACAGUUGUAGCUAUAAUGUAUAUUGCCCAGAACUGUAUUUAACUAAUGUUUUUAUAUCUUAGUUAAAUUACCUCCUAGUGGCUUGUUACAGUUAAGCUGGAUUGGGGAGUGCUGUGGUUUCUAAUGAACUCUGAGGUCCCCUGACUUCCUCAUAGGUUUUAUUUUCUUACACAGUGUAUAAAUAAAUUACUAAACAUUAAAGAUCCGUGGAGUUUGUAAAGCUAA